UGGUGGCAAAAGUGCGAACUGCAGCAUCACAGAGCAAAACAGCCGGAGCUGGGAGCGGAUUCGAGUCUGCUGUGACUCGUAGUAACGUCUCAGACCAAGAUGCCAGAUGCUCUGGAGCGUCGGUCGUGUUUGCUGGUUUUAGCAUUGAUUUUCCACCUAAGCAGAGCAGCAGAGGUUUCUGUGUGGAGCGUGAACAUCAACUCGACUCAAGAUGCCGUGUUUAGGAAGACGCUGUAUGCCAACACCACCAUCUAUAUGAGGUUCCAGAAUGAUUCGGGUUCAUGUGAGAGAAACCUGGCCUUCAACAUCAGCUGGUACCUGCGCUCAUCGGUGUGCUACAACGAGGUCUUCAACACACCAGACAACAAGGCCAUGAACAUGUUCGGCAUGGACCACAUGCUGAAGGAGGGAUGGAGUGGGUUCUACAGUCAGGGCUUCGUGUUCUUUGAGAACUGCUCGUCCCUCUUCAUACCCAAGGUUUAUUUUCCAGACUUCAACUCUUACCAGCCGCUGUCCAGCCCAAAGAGCGACCCAUCGAAUCAGACUCUUACUUGGCCCGACAAGCCGGAAAUCAGCGCGGUGGCCAGAGCAUGGGAGGACGGUCCCUACCUGUUCAUAGUGAAGGUGCAGCCGUUGUUCCGAGGAGUCGAGGAUGAAGACUUUGCAGCGGAGCAGCUCAGUUUUGCUUUCACGAUGAAAGUGGAGAUGAAGGGCCCACAUGACUACUCCUCCCCAGCAGACUGGCCUCUGAUGAUAUUCUUCAUGGUCAUGUGCAUCGUCUACGUGCUGUUCGGAGCGCUCUGGCUCUUCUGGUGCGCUUGUUAUUGGAGGGAUCUGCUGAGGAUCCAGUUUUGGAUCGGAGCUGUCAUCAUCCUUGGCAUGCUGGAGAAGGCCGUGUUCUAUUCGGAAUACCAGAACAUCCGUUACAAAGGAGACUACGUUCUGGGUGCUGUGAUCUUUGCUGAGCUGCUCUCAGCUCUCAAAAGAUCUCUGGCUCGGAUCCUGGUCCUUAUCGUCAGCCUGGGCUAUGGAAUAGUCAGACCCAGACUGGGAACCACGGUGCAUCGUCUGGUCGCCGUUGGACUUCUCUACCUUCUCUUCUCCUCUGUGGACGGAGUCCUGAGGGUGACUGGUGGUUUCUACGGGACAGUCGCCCUGGUGGCUAAUCUUAGCCUCUCGCUCAUCGACUCCUGUGUCAUGUGGUGGAUUUUCAUCAGCCUGUCACAAACCACUCGCCUCCUGAAGCUCCGCAGAAACGUGGUGAAGCUGUCGUUAUACCAGCACUUCACCAACACGCUCAUCUUCUUUGUUGUGGCAUCCAUCAUAUUUAUCAUCUGGACGACUAAAGUCUUCCGGCUGGUGGACUGCCAGAGGAGUUGGCGGGAUUUAUGGGUGGAUGAUGCCUUCUGGCGUCUUCUGUUUUCUACGAUUCUGCUGGUCAUCAUGGUGCUGCUGCGGCCCUCGGCCAACAGCCAGAGGUUUUCUCAUUCCCCUCUUAUUGAUGAGGACGACGAAGAAGAUGAAGCCAAGGAACCCAUGAUUAAUGAAGCUUUUGAAGGAAUGAAGAUGAGAGGCUCAAAACCAGACACUAACAGCUCCCAGAAACUGUUGAGUAAAGAGGAUGAGGACCUGAAAUGGGUUGAGGAGAACAUCCCGUCAUCUGUUGCUGAUGUAGCUCUCCCUGUAAUGCUGGACGAGGAGGAGGAAAUCCUGAAAACCAAGAUGGAGAGAUCCAAAAUGGAGUAGAGUUUUAUUUAAGGGGCUGGUGUGUGAUGUCACUGAGGCAGCAACGGAUUAGAUCUAACUGAAUUUAUUAGAUAACAAAUGUAGAAAAAUGUUAGCUGUUUUUUCCAGAAGUCUGUGUUUUGUUUUCACACAGGCUGUGUAACGCGGUCAGAGGCACUGGUAGUGUGUUUGUUAGGAACCUCUGCUGUCUGGAGUCUGAUGGUGGGACUGCUGAUGUCAGCCUUCGAGUGGAAACUCAGGUCACUGUAUAACACAACUUUUGUUAAAUUUACUUUUUAUUUGCUUCACUUCUGUUUUUUUACAACUGGCCAAACUCAAGUAGACACUUGGCUUGUUGCACAACCUCUCCCCCUGGAAGAAGAAUGUUUUAGAUUACUGUGAUGGAUGUGGGUUUGUUUGUUUGUUUGUUGUUUUUGAGAUUUAAAUCUUGUGGGUUAAGUUCCAGAAGGCCGAAGCAGGUCAGAUUUAAAACUGGAUGCUCAUCAGUCAUCUCAGCUGGGACACAACAAACAGCUGCUGCUGAUGAGGUCCCGCUGCAGCCGACAGCGCCUUACGCCUCUGUGAUCGGAUGUGUUGUUUCAACUCUGUGAAAAAUCAUUUUUACUUUGGCCGUUUGAUAAUAGAAGCAACUUCAUCACACGCUCAAGCGUUUGUCAGAAAACUAAAGAAUUGUUUAGUUGAGCUGAGCCAGUGAAACUUAAACACGUCUAUGGUGUACACUUCUAUUAUAAAAGUAUGUUAGUCACUGUUACUGUAUGUCACUACAGAUACUUGAAGCAUAUUACAGGUGUUAAACAUCUGGCAGAAUGUCACACCACUGGUUAAUGUUUUGUUUACAGAAAUAAUCUAGGUGACUUUUUGGUAUUCACUGGUGUCCUGAUUAAUAUAAGUAACUCAAAUUUGCUUUUUAAAUUAGCUAUUUUACAAGAUUUCUUUCUGCAGAAUUUAAGACUUCCUUGUUUUCAACCGAUGACCAAUAAUAAGAAAAAGGAAAAUACCUAAUUCCAGACACAUUUUCAAACAUGAACACAAAUCCCCUUGUUUAUUUCUAUUGCUAAAGGUGACUGUAUCUAAUUGCAAUAGUACUGUGUUUUAGGUACAUCUAUUGUGCAGUUACUGGAUUAUCAGUGGGCCUAAAGCCACAUAUGACACACAGCAUGUCUUCUGUUUUCUCUACAAGGUAUCUGUAGGUCCUUACUUAGAAAGCACCUCUCUGAGCCUUUGCAGGUCACUCUGCAAACUUAAUUUUGUUUAUCUGGCACGACAAUACUUAUUGAAUUGUAUGUGUGUGUGUGUAUUCCAAAAUUCCUAAUUUGUUUUCUAUGUAGUCUUGGUAUGAUUAUUUAAAUAUCAAAGAAAUGUUGAACUCUUCCAGAGUUUGGUUUACCUCGUGUUGUGAAACUGAUGAUAUUGUAUGGCUUUUUGCUUAUGUUCUGCAAAUCAAAUUUAUAAUAAACAGAAAAUUGAGUUUCUGAGUGAAUUAAGUUAA